UCCUGGCUCACGUGAUCCCGGCCGGGGAGGAAACGCCUGACCCCGGUGCUCGGCUCCCAGCGUCCUGUCUGCCCGCAGCUCCCCGCCAGCAGCUUCCCGGCCCACGGCCCUAAGUCCCGUCGGGUCCCUCAGCGUGGGCCUCCUCGCAGAAUGCCGCCCGCCAUGCGGUUUCUGCCCGCGGCCCCGGGUGGGCCCCGGCCCGGCCGCCACCUGCUCGCGCGAAUACCUGCCCUACUACUGCCGCUGCUGCUGAGCGGCUGCCUGGGGCUGGCGGGGGUAGCGGCCGCGGCCCGCAGGCCCAGUGUGGUGCUGCUGCUCACCGACGACCAGGACGAAGUGCUUGGCGGCAUGACACCACUGAAGAAGACCAAGACCCUCAUUGGAGAGAUGGGGAUCACUUUCUCCAGCGCUUAUGUGCCAAGUGCUCUUUGCUGCCCCAGCAGAGCCAGCAUCCUGACUGGGAAGUACCCACACAACCAUCACGUUGUUAACAACACUCUGGAGGGAAACUGCAGUAGCAGGUCUUGGCAGAAGAUCCAAGAGCCAAACACUUUCCCAGCCAUCCUCAGAUCAUUGUGUGGUUAUCAAACCUUUUUUGCUGGGAAGUAUUUAAAUGAGUAUGGAGCCCCAGAUGCAGGUGGACUGGAGCAUGUCCCCUUGGGCUGGAGUUAUUGGUAUGCCCUGGAAAAGAAUUCUAAAUACUAUAACUACACUCUUUCUAUCAAUGGGAAGGCUCGAAAGCAUGGUGAGAACUACAGUGUGGACUACCUGACAGAUGUGCUGGCUAAUGUCUCCCUGGACUUCCUGGACUACAAGUCUAACUCUGAGCCGUUCUUCAUGAUGAUCUCCACUCCAGCGCCCCAUUCACCAUGGACCGCUGCACCUCAGUACCAGAAGACCUUCCAGAAUGUCUUUGCACCAAGAAACAAGAACUUCAACAUCCAUGGAACGAACAAGCACUGGUUAAUUAGACAAGCCAAGACUCCAAUGACUAAUUCUUCAAUACAGUUUCUAGAUAAUGCAUUUAGAAGAAGGUGGCAAACUCUACUCUCGGUGGAUGAUCUUGUGGAGAAGCUGGUGAAGAGGUUAGACUUCACUGGGGAGCUUGACAACACAUACAUCUUUUAUACCUCAGACAAUGGCUACCACACAGGGCAGUUUUCUUUGCCAAUAGACAAAAGACAGCUGUAUGAGUUUGAUAUCAAAGUUCCACUAUUGGUUCGAGGACCUGGGAUCAAACCAAACCAGACAAGCAAGAUGCUCGUCUCCAACAUUGACUUGGGUCCUACUAUUUUGGACAUUGCUGGCUAUGACCUGAAUAAGACACAGAUGGAUGGCAUGUCCUUACUGCCCAUUCUGAAAGGGGCAAGUAACUUCACAUGGCGAUCAGAUGUCCUGGUGGAGUACCAGGGAGAAGGCCGCAAUGUCACAGACCCAACCUGCCCUUCGCUGAGCCCUGGAGUGUCGCAAUGUUUCCCAGACUGUGUGUGUGAAGAUGCUUAUAACAACACCUAUGCUUGUGUGAGGACAUUGUCAUCACUGUGGAAUUUACAGUACUGUGAGUUUGAUGACCAGGAGGUGUUUGUAGAAGUCUAUAACAUGACUGCAGACCCAGACCAAAUCACCAACAUUGCUAAAAGUAUAGACCCAGAGCUUUUAGGAAAAAUGAACUAUCGGUUGAUGAUGUUGCAGUCCUGUUCUGGGCCAUCCUGUCGGACUCCAGGGGUUUUUGACCCCGGAUAUAGGUUUGACCUGCGUCUCAUGUUCAGCAAUCACGGCAGCAUCAGGACACGAAGAUUCUCAAAGCAUCCUCUGUAGUGACUUGCCCAGCCUCUGCAGUUGGAUCUCUGCACGCCUCUUUCUGAUGAAGUGAUUGUAGUAGGUGUCUGUAGCUGAUUGAGACCAUGCCUGGAAGGGCCCUGGACUGGCUUUAAGUCCUGUUUAAAAAGCAACCCAGUCAGCUGACUUCUCAUACGUGUUCAACUGUGAAUCUGCCCCUGUGUCAGGAAUGGCUGACCCUGGUCUCUUCCCUCAGAUGACAAUGAACACUCCUGAGGUGUUUGUCCUCACCGUGUCCCUUCAUCCUAAGGGGCCACAGUGUGGUCCAAGUCUGAAUUUGUAAACCCUUUCAAGUAAAUGGCAAUACUUUCAGGCAGAAAGAAGAAGAAAACCUUUUGGUACAUAGCUAAACCUAAAAUCCAAAGCCCUGUACAGCAUUUCAGACUGAACCCCUCACCAUCAAAAAUAUCACAUGCCAUGAGUAACCAUCACAGCUGAAUUAUCUGAUUAAAACAAGAGCCACUGUUUUUAGAAAAGUAAAGAAAUAUUGUUUAGAAUAUCCAUCACAGUGUGGCAGAUUUGGAACAUGUCACCCAAGCUCUGCUUGAUUUCUGCAGAAUCUUGGGCUGCCGCUGCACCGAAAGAGCAGCAAGCUGUGGUGAAGGCAAAUUCUCAGCCCUGAAGGUAAAAGGUAACAGCCGUCUGCUGUCCAGUGGUUGCCAACUACAGGGAGUACUGGGCAACACUAGCAGCGGGGGGCAUGGCCUCCAAGGGGUGGGGAAGGCUGUUUCAGGUAGAGAGGGCUCUUGGGUUGGCACAUUGAAGGGCUGCACCAGAAUGAAGGAAGUGCCUGUCCCUGAGGGAGCCUGUGUAUCAGUGCCAUGAACGAAGUUGUUCUGACUGGCUGCCAUUAGCUGCUAGUCUCUUCAUUUGUUUUAUGGUAUCACAGUGUCUUACAGUUAGUAUGAAGUACCUGCCAGCCACUGUAUCCCACUGUCUUCCUACCUUCACAUAAGUUUUUGAGUUUUCAGAGUCUUGAAUAGGGCUCCAGUUAGUGUUCCCCUAGCAAAGUCAGAACUGCCUAAAAUGUCCACAUUCUUACGUUCUUUAGCGUGAAGACCAACUCUACUUUCUAACAUUUCCACAAAAAGACUGAUUGGUGGUGGGACAGCAGGGGAGAAGGAAGAGCUAUGGUUUUAACCUGUUCAACUCAGGCAAUAAGUGAUUUUAGCUUUACAAGUACUUCUGUCCAGCUUUAAGCACUUUGUAAGACAUAGUCAUAAGUCACUUUCAGAAUUCCAGACAGCCAUGUUGGGUUAAUAGCCAUUGUGUUUAUUCCUUUACCUCCUGUGACACCAGCAAUUAUAGAUAUCCAGAGAAGAGGCAAUGAAAUGGGCACCUGUGCUUUAGAAGAAAAAGUGUAAAAAAAAAAAUUAAAAGCAAAUUACAAAGUUGAAUAUGGCUAGAGGCUUUAUUCUCCACAUUGAUUCUAAAUAUUGUCAGUCAACUUCAACAUUAGUGAAAGCUGACCAGAGUUGUUCACAAAUAAAUUGAAACCAACUCAUAUCAGGUCUUGGACCUAUUCAGUUUUAUGAUGCUACUGCUGAAAGCAGGUGAUGUCAGAAGAGUGACACAGGUCAACUGCCACUAGUGUCUCAACCUCAUCCUCAUGUUCAGCUGACAUGUUUGGGUGGUGGAAUGUGGUAAGGGCAUGACUGUACCUCUUAGUUAUGGUACCUUUCCUAAUAUUUGAGGAGACCUUGGUUUACAUCCUAACAGACUAUGAAACAGUUUCUUGACUGUACACAGGACCCAUUGAAGGAGGCUGGUCCUGUUCUUUGUUUAAUUGUGCUGAUUUGGAUUUUGAUUCUUUACCUUUGAAGGAGGUUAGGUCUAUGUUUUUUUGGUGACCUUCAGCAUAGAGGACCAUAAAACCAACUUGGAAUGAGGGAUUUUGCCUUAAAAGAUUUCCUGUUUUAAAGCUCUUCCUCGAAUACAAUUUCAAAAUAGGGAACACAUUUUUAGCAUCUUUGAAUCUCACAAAUGGUGCUGUUGCAAACAUCUUUUGAAUUGGCAACACUAGAGUUUCUGUAUAAAACAGUAAGGUGUAAUCUUCAUAGCUAUCCUUAAUCUGUGAGAAAUAGUCUUAAAUUUAGGAGUAUCUAAGGACUAGCGCUUUUUUUAAUGAAAGAGAAGGUGGCCCAGGAUCCUUCAGAGAAAGCAAAAGGUAUCUUAAAUCAUCCACCAGUGGGAUUAGGUAGGUAUAUUUUGGGUUCUUUAACUUACCACUUCAUGUCAAUGGAUUUUGUAAAUUCUUUUGUUAGCAUUACUUGUUGUAGAUGUUAUUCUGCCCUGGCUCUGUGUCAUCUCAGUCAUUCACUUAGAAAGUGCCCUUCAACGGACCCUGUUCACUGCUGCACUUUUCAAUGAAUUAAAAUUUAUUUCUGUUCUA